CUAGGCGGGUACAACGCCGCUUCUACUGGCCGUCCAGUUUGGCCACAUUGAUGUGACUCGGGCUUUGCUGCGUCAUCGUCCCAACCUCCAAGCCACCGAUGCUGACGGCAACACGGCCUUUGCGAUGGCCACGCAGCGUGGGCACACGACUAUCGUGGGCCUCCUCCACGAGCACGCCAGCAACACCCCAAGUGCUCCACCAACGCCACCAGUCCGAGCAACUUCCAAGGCGAAGGAGACGGAGCUCAUGCAAGCCGUGGUUGCUGGCAAUGUUGCUGUCACCACAGCACUGUUGGAUCAAGGCGUUGAUUCUCGCGUCACGAAUGAGAAAGGAGAUGGUCUCCUCCACCUUGCAGUGCGCCAUGGCCACACGCAGCUGCUCCAGAUGCUCUUGCGCCGCCCCGACGUGUCAUCGGUCGACUGCAAUAAAAACGGCGAGACGCCACUGGUAUUAGCGAUCAAGCUGCGCCAUCGCCGGUUCCCACACCAAAUUUAC